AUGUCCGAUUCAGUGUCAUAUGACGACAAAACACCUAUCCCAUCACUCAAGGAUACCAACCAGACAGUGAAGAUGAACAAUUUAGAGAAAAAGAAGCCUGCCGUUCCUAAUUCUCCUGAUGUUUCAUAUCCCGGAACUCAAAGGCGAAUUCUCAUUAUGGUAGCUCUUUACUUGGCUAUGUUCUUGGUGACUCUGGACCAAAACAUCAUAUCGACGGCAAUCCCACGAAUCACGGAUGAUUUCCACUCCCUCAAUGACAUCGCAUGGUACGGCACUGCAUAUUUGCUUACCAUGUGUAGCUUUCAGCUGCUCAUGGGCAAAAUCUACAAGUUCUAUCCGGCUAAACCAGUCUUCCUCAGUUGUGUUACGCUGUUUGAGGUUGGUUCGGCGGUCUGCGGGGCAGCUUCAAACUCGAAAGUUUUCAUUGUUGGCCGUGCCAUCGCAGGAUUGGGAGCUUCCGGAUUGUUCGCGGGGCUUAUGGUCAUUAUGUUCCACACGAUCCCGUUACAACAGCGACCAAUGUUCCAAGGGGCUUUUGGUGCCAUCUUUGCGGUUGGGUCUGUGAUUGGACCUUUAGUGGGAGGUACCUUGGUCGACAAGGCGACCUGGCGAUACUGUUUUUACUUGAAUAUACCCGUCGGCGCGGUAUCAAUCAUCGUUACGAUCCUGCUCGUGCAUCUUCCCAGCCAAAAGCUUGAUGCCCAAGCUGCCGGAUGGAAGGGGAAACUAGGACAACUGGAUCCGAUCGGUAACCUUGUUUUCCUUCCAGGCAUUGUUUGUCUAGUAUUGGCGCUUCAAUGGGGUGGGACCGUGUACUCCUGGAAGAACACUCGCAUCAUAGUGCUCCUCAUACUUUGUGGCAUCCUUUGCCUCGCCUUUGUUGUGGUUCAAAUAUGGAAGCAGGAGAACGGUGCACUUCCUCCUCGACUUUUGAAGCAACGCAGCAUUGCAGCCUGUGUAUGGUUCACUUUCUUCAACGGCGCCGGCAUGGUUGUCAUGCUAUAUUAUCUCCCACUCUGGUUCCAGACCAUCAAAGGAGUCAGUGCCCUCAAGUCGGGAGUUAUGCUACUACCGACGAUUCUCUCGGUUGUUUUCGCCACCCUUUUCUCUGGGUUUAUUAUCUCUAAAGUCGGCUAUUACGCUCCCUUCUUUAUACUCUGCUCAAUAAUCAUGCCCAUCGGAGCCGGUCUCAUAACAACCUUUACUCCAACCACUGGUUAUGGCAAGUGGAUUGGUUACCAGGUCAUAUUUGGCGUUGGACUUGGCUUUGGCGCGCAGCAGCCAUUCAAUGUUGUUCAGACUGUUCUCGAGAGAUCGGAUAUUGCAACUGGAUCCGCUCUUGUCACAUUUGUACGCUUCCUUGGAUCUGCUAUGUCCCUGCCCAUCGCACAAACCAUCUUCCUUAACAGCCUCGUCUCGAACCUCGUCGGUCUUCCGGGCAUCAGUCCUGGUGCCGUCACUGGUAAUGGGGCAACUGAGCUAAGGGGUCUAGUUUUUGGAGAUGACCUGGACACACUCCUGUCUGGUUACAAUGCCGCUAUUGUAAAUGUGUUUUACAUGGUGGUGGCGACAUCCUCUGUUACUAUCUUUGGCAGUGUUUUUGUGGAAUGGUGUAGCCUGAAAGCUCGAGCUACAGAGCAGGCGCAAGGAACUGGCCAUUCUAAAGAAACUAUUGAGAAGGAAUCUGUUUAA